AUGCUAAUUGGAGGUAAGAGUUCGACAGCCGGUUCGAAAGAAUAUUUCAGAGCCGCCGCGGUGAUAAAUCAAACUCGAAACCGUAAUGAAAGCGAACGGAUCGCGUCGCGAGGAGCGGGAGGAAAAAAUAUCACGGAAAAAUCAGGUGCGUCCCCCGGUCGGUGCCGAGAGAAAAACAGUCGGGCGUCGCGUUGGGCGGGGGGGCGGCGUGGGGUGGGGGUGGCGGUCGAUGCGGGGCGGGCCGUGCGCGCGCUGGCUGGCGUGGGGCGCGUGGGGACUCUCCGCUCGCGCUCACUCGGCCGCGCCGCUCCUCUCGCGCCGACGCCGGCCGCGCCGCGCGUUCUCGUCACGUGUACGCCUCGACUUUACAUGUCCAAAGUGCUCAAGUCAGUGCUCCCGAUCGCAACCGCGCGAGUGCUCCUGCAGCCGAUCUCCGAGCCGGACCCGAACCUCACGCCGCUCAGGAUGGUUACCAGGACGAAGAAAAUCUUCGUUGGAGGGCUAUCAGCACCCACAACGCUGGAAGAUGUAAAGAAUUACUUCGAACAGUUUGGACCGAUCGAGGACGCCAUGUUAAUGUUCGAUAAACAAACGAAUAGGCACAGAGGUUUCGGUUUCGUCACAUUUCAGAGCGAAGACAUAGUAGACAAAGUGUGCGAAAUCCAUUUUCAUGAAAUCAACAACAAAAUGGUGGAAUGCAAAAAGGCACAACCGAAAGAAGUAAUGCUCCCAGCAAACUUGGCCAAGACGAGAGCUGCCGGCCGCGGGGCCUACGAUUUCAUGUGGUCAUUGGGUGCUCUUCCUGACGGUUUUCCCGCAGCGUACGCCGCCUACGCGGCAGGACGUAGCUAUUCGGGCUAUCCUAGCUUCGGGCUGCCAUACCCCGCAGUGGACCUGACCAACGGCCAACUUACACCGAAUAACAACACACCGCUGCUCGCGCAGGCGCUCUCAGUAAUGAACAACUACCAAGCCGCCGCAGCCGGGUUUGGUCCGCCCGCCUCGCCGCAUACAGCCGGCGGGCGUGCGGGCUUCCCGGCAGCCAGCUCACCGGGACCCGCGCUCGACGUGUAUGGCUCGGCAGCAGACAGCGUCGGCUACGUGCAGGCCGCUAGCCCCCAGCCUUCCGGCUUCCCCGCUAUCGCAGUCAGCCGUGCGCCCCUCAAUUACACCCCAGGACCCUUGAUUCCUGCGGCUUUCACCAACGGUUAUCAU